AUGGCUCUGGAUUUACGCUUGCACUCUCCUGCAGGCGCGGAACCUGUUGUUUAUACAUGGCCCCUCACAUCGGGUCAUGGCUCGGACAAACACGAUGGAGCUUUAGAAAUAGUAGAGACAAUAAGGUGGGUGUGCGACGACUUGCCGGAAAUAAAAGCGGCACUGGAGAAACACAUCCUAUGCGACUAUGACACCCACUCUUACGAGAGCAUGCGAGCUCUCUGUGACCGAUUCAACCGAGCCAUCGAUUCCGUUGUCGCUUUGGAGAAAGGUACCUCAUUGCCAGCUCAACGGUUAAACAAGUACCCGUCGCGAGGUUUACUAAAGCAUAUUUUGCAGCAAACAUACAAUCAAGCUGUAUCUGAUCCUGACAAGCUAAACCAGUAUGAACCUUUUUCACCAGAGGUAUAUGGUGAAACAUCAUACGAGUUAGUUUGUCAAAUGAUCGAUCAGAUAGAAAUAACAUCAGAAGAUGUGUUUGUUGAUUUGGGAUCAGGAGUUGGUCAGGUCGUGCUGCAGAUGGCAGCGGCGACGCCGUGUCGGGUGUGUUUGGGUGUUGAGAAAGCUGAAGUGCCUAGUAAAUAUGCAGAGAGUAUGGAUUUACAUUUUAGGAUGUGGAUGAGGUGGUAUGGCAAGAAGUGUGGAGAUUAUAAGCUAAUAAAGGGUGACUUUUUAUUGGAUGAACACAGAGAGAAAAUAAAUGCAGCUACGAUUGUUUUCGUCAAUAAUUUCGCAUUUGGGCCGCACGUCGAUCAUCAACUGAAAGAGAGAUUCGCUGACUUAAAAGAUGGAGCCAAAAUAGUGUCAUCCAAAAGCUUCUGCCCGCUUAACUUCAGGAUAACAGAUAGAAAUUUGAGCGACAUUGGGACCAUCAUGCAUGUUAGCGAAAUGUCACCACUCAAGGGUUCCGUUUCCUGGACGGGGAAACCAGUAUCUUACUAUUUACAUAUAAUAGAUAGGACCAAAUUGGAGAGAUACUUUCAAAGACUGAAAAAUCCGAAACUCAAGGUCAGCAAAAGGGGUUGUCAGAAUGGCAUCGAGGAGGGCGAGGGCAGCGGUAAGCGGCACCUGAGCGCGCCACCCACGCGGCAGAAUUCACCCACGCCUGAGUUGCUCAACGGCAACAGCAAUCACAGCACCGCCUCGCUGCCCGAGCGACGUAGGAAGGUGGCCCGCCCGCGCCCGGCCGUCAGGGGUGAGAACGGGCGCACACGAGCUCGCGCGGCUGUAGCGAAGCGGCGCGCGGCGCGGCGCUCCAGCGACGAGAGCGACGAGGAGUCGAGCGGCACCGACGACGCGCCGCCCGGGCCCGAGCCCGCGCCGCGCGAGUGGGGCGCGCCAUGGGCUUCCGCGGAUACAAACCGCAGCCGGCGCGCGGGCAGCAAGCGCAGCGCGAGCGCGGGCGGCGCGCGGCGGCGGGCGGCGCGCGCCAAGCGACGCCGCGCGCCGCCCGCCGCCAUCGCCGGCCUCGACCUACUGCACUCCACCACGCUCGCCUCCACGCUGCAGAACGGCACGGUGACGGCGCCGCCGCCGGGCUGCGUGGGGCAGCGGCUGUCGGCGCUGGGCGUGCAGCUGCAGCCGGCCGAGCGCCUGCACUCCGAGCUCGACAUCCCGCGCUCGCCGCACACGCCCUACAGCCUGCAGCUGCUGCUCGACAUGUUCCGCGACCAGUACCUCGCCUUCAUACAGCGCCUCAACUCGCCCGAGUACGCGCGCGACGUGCGCCACCACAUCGACAAGGAGAAGGAAAGGAACCAAAAACUGAAGUCCCGUGCGUCUCAAUUAGACAAACAGAUAAAUGUGUUGAUAAGUGAUAGCGUUGCACUUUUGAAAGCCCGCAUGAGUGAGCUCGGUAUUCACGCCAAUAACACCGUGGAUCUAUUAGCAAAAGCUAAGGAAAUUGUCGGGAGACACAAAGAACUGCAAAGUAAAGCAAGCAAAUUGCAAGCACAGGUAAACAACAUAGAAGCGGAACAAGCAAUACUUGUAAAACAACGGACUUUUGAAAUAACUGAAAAGUAUCGCCAGAUGGGCCAAAUACCUCCAGAUGUUGAGAUCACCCAGAGCAUAGCUCAUGAUUGUAUUUUGAAAGAGAUUUCCGCUACGCUAGCGCAUCGAAAAAGAUUGCACGCGCAGGUGGGUCACUUACAGAAUGAAAUUAUUCAGAUGGAAAGAGCUAGCGAACAGAAAGUUGCGGCACCGACCGUUCCCGUGGCAACGGUGAAACCGCACACGGUGAAUUCAAAACCUAGGAAAUCGAGAGAGCAUCGAUCGCGCUCGCAGGAGUGGCCCGACGUGCCGGACGUGGGAAAGAUCGAGGAGCAGAAUCCAGAAAUUCUCGCACAAAAAAUACUGGAGACGGGACGUCAGAUCGAGGCGGGCAAGAUCGUGAAGCCGAACGUGAUAGUGAACGGAUAUACGCGGGAUGCGGAUCAGCACCGGCAGGCGAAGGCGGCGCCCGUGCACCGCACGCAGCCGCAGCCGCAGCGCCACGUGCAGCCGCCGCCGCUCGCGCACCGCCAGUCGCCCGUCAAGCCGCAGAAGCCUCUCAACGUCGUCACCAAGGUGCAGGAGUCGCCGAAGGUGAUCAACUUCGAGGACCGCCUCAAGAGCAUUAUAACGUCGGUGCUCAACGAGGACCAGGAGCAGAGGAAGGCUUCGCGACAGCCGACGCCCAACCACACGUACGCGAACGGGUACGUGCGACCCGCGAGCGGGCAGCACGCGACGUUUGCACCGCGGCCGGUGGCGAGUGCCGUGCCGAGCGGGUACGCGAGACCCGCCCGUGAUCUGCGCCGCGAGCGGUACGGGUACGAGCGCCGCACGGAGCCGCGCACGCCGCUCGGGCCCCACGGACCCCACGGACCCCACGGAGCCCCCGCGCCGCAUGCCCUGCUCGAACAGCGCCACCAUCAUUCCGGCCAACCGGAUUACACACAAGUGUCUCCGGCGAAGCUGGCGCUGCGGCGGCACCUGUCGCAGGAGCGGCUGGCGGCGCCCGGCGCGCGCACCAUCGGCGACCUCGUCAACGGCGAGAUCGAGCGCACGCUCGAGAUCUCCAACCAGAGCAUCAUCAACGCCGCCGUCAACAUGAGCGCGCGCUACCACGAGCCCGCCGCGCACCACCAGCCGCACCAGCUGCACCAGACGCACCAGCCUCACCAGCCCCACCAACCUCACCAGCCGCUCGAAGGUCUUGCGGCGUGCUUGCAAGCGCGCGUGUUGGCGUCGGAGUACUGGCGCGGGCGCGGCGGCGGCACGGGGGGCGGCGCGGGCGCGGGGGCGGGGGGCGGCGAGGCGGAGGAGGCGGGCCGCCGCCGCUCGCCGCCGCCCGACCCGCACUCCAACACCUCCACGCCGCUCGUCGACGAGCUGCCCGACGCCGUGCGUCCGCCCGAAGGCGAGGGCGGCGAGGAGGUGGAAGAGAGCAAGUGGCAAGAUCGCAUCGCGUUCCGAUUCGAUCAGAUCAUAUCGUUCGCGUCGACCGCGAUGGAGGACAAGCGACGGCGGUCGGACGAGACGUGCAACACGUCGCCCGACUCGGGCAUCGGGCACGGCGAGCCGGGGCGCGUGGGCGCGGGUACAGCGGCGGGCGCGGGUGCGGGAGCGGCGGUGACCGCGGGCGGAGGCGGCGCGGCGUGCGGGGCGAGCGGGGCGGGCGCGGGCGCGGGCGGGGAGGCGCGCUCGCCGUCGCCCGCGCACCACUUCAAGAAGCGGUUCUUCCGGCGCGAGCGCUGGGGCGCGUGGAGCGGGCCGCCGCCGGCCGCCGCCGUGGAGUGGGAGCGGCCGGCGAUGUGA